GGCUACAAACCCCCUUCUCCGUCCUCUUACUAUAUAAAUAUCUUUAUCCGCCGCUCCGCCAUCUCCCGUUUUCCAUUCGCAGAGCAGAGCUUUCUCACAGAACAAACCAAACGCUCUUUUCUCUGCUAAGCUCACUUCUCUCACUUCUGCACUACCAGAUAUCCUUUUUCCGCCGGCGAAGAUGCGUGAGAUCCUCCACAUCCAGGGCGGCCAGUGCGGCAACCAGAUCGGAGCCAAGUUCUGGGAGGUCGUCUGCGCCGAGCACGAGAUCGACAGCACCGGGAGGUACCAGGGCAGCACCGAUAUCCAGCUCGAGCGGGUGAAUGUUUACUACAACGAGGCGAGCUGCGGGAGGUUCGUCCCUCGUGCGGUGCUCAUGGAUCUGGAGCCUGGCACCAUGGACAGCGUCAGAUCUGGUCCAUACGGCCAGAUUUUCCGCCCUGACAACUUCGUCUUUGGCCAGUCCGGCGCCGGCAACAACUGGGCCAAGGGACACUACACCGAAGGCGCCGAGCUCAUCGACUCGGUCCUCGACGUCGUGAGGAAGGAGGCCGAGAACUGUGACUGCUUGCAAGGUUUCCAGGUCUGCCACUCUUUGGGAGGAGGUACUGGUUCAGGAAUGGGAACACUCUUGAUAUCCAAGAUCAGGGAGGAGUACCCUGACAGAAUGAUGCUCACUUUCUCCGUCUUCCCAUCACCAAAGGUGUCUGAUACCGUUGUUGAGCCUUACAACGCGACCCUCUCGGUUCAUCAGCUCGUCGAGAACGCAGAUGAGUGUAUGGUUCUCGACAACGAGGCUCUGUACGACAUCUGCUUCCGCACCCUCAAGCUCACCACUCCUAGCUUUGGAGACCUGAACCACUUGAUCUCAGCAACCAUGAGCGGAGUCACCUGCUGUCUCCGUUUCCCCGGCCAGCUCAACUCCGACCUCCGUAAGCUCGCAGUCAACCUGAUCCCAUUCCCGCGGCUGCACUUCUUCAUGGUCGGGUUCGCUCCGCUCACAUCUCGUGGGUCGCAGCAGUACCGCGCAUUGACCGUCCCUGAGCUUGCCCAGCAGAUGUGGGACGCUAAGAACAUGAUGUGCGCCGCAGAUCCGCGCCACGGCAGGUACCUCACUGCCUCCGCCAUAUUCCGCGGCAAGAUGAGCACCAAGGAGGUCGACGAGCAGAUGAUCAACGUCCAGAACAAGAACUCGUCCUACUUCGUGGAGUGGAUCCCCAACAACGUGAAGUCCACAGUCUGUGACAUCCCUCCCACGGGUUUGCAGAUGGCUUCGACUUUCAUCGGCAACUCGACAUCGAUCCAGGAGAUGUUCCGCAGGGUGAGCGAGCAGUUCACGGCCAUGUUCAGGAGGAAGGCUUUCUUGCAUUGGUACACUGGUGAGGGCAUGGACGAGAUGGAGUUCACCGAGGCCGAGAGCAACAUGAAUGAUUUGGUUUCGGAGUAUCAGCAGUACCAGGAUGCUACGGCUGAGGAGGAAGGGUAUGAGGAUUAUGAAGAGGAGGAGGAAGGUGUAGGGGAAGAGUACUAGUUUUGGUUAUUAGUAGUUGUAUUUUUCCUUUUCCCCGUUGUUUUGCUACAAUAUUCUGUCGCGGUUCUUUUCGUUGCUCUGAUUUUGAACCGUUGCGUUCCUGAGAAUUCCUAGCUUGGGGAUUUAUCUCUUCUGUAGGGAUCAAUGUUCGCAAUGCUUUUUGGUUGACCGAUUAUGAAACUUUAUCGGUAACUCUUUCCCGUGCUAUUGUAUGCUUUCUAAAGUAAUCGUUUCUUUUUUAUCUCUGUUUGCCAUUAACGGAGUUGGAUGGAAACUAACCGGAGAGUGACUUAACGUGACUUGUUUCAGUAAUUCGAGUGACCAAAAUUGAUAUUAAAGUUUUCUAGUGACUAAAUAUGACACGAUUUAAUAAUCUCAGUGACUAAAUGUGGUAUUUACCCAAUUCCUCUAAAUUGCAAAUUGAACUUAUAUUUGAUUGUUAUGGUACAAAUAUAACAUGGACCUUAAAACACCAAUUCUUCCAAUAAUAGUAUAUUAGUAGUUGGGCAUCCAUGAGAGAAACCUAGGGAGGGUUGUUUAAGGUGAAUGUUGAUGCAUGCAGUGACCUUCUCCGAUGGAGGAACUGGCUUUUGCAUGGCUAUACGACGAGACAAACGGAUGCCAAUUUCACAUGGCGGCAGUGCAUAGAUCGUGAACGAGCUGGACGCUGGAGAUUGAAGAGGCAAAAUCGAUGUUGUGGGACAUGCGAUUAGCUCUGAAUCACAACUACAACCCAAUUUUGAUGGAACCGGACUUUAAGACUUUGAUUGACAAACUUGGGAGAGAGGAUAUGAAGAAAAUGAAGGCGGAGAUGGUUUGUGACGGUCGGACAGGGUUGUGGAUUGCCUUACGUUGGGCCAUCAAUGGUGUUGAGGGCUUCAUUUUUUUUUUUUUUUUAAUUUGUGCACUUGUGUUGGACUAUUUGUUGUUCUUUUGUUGGUUAAUGAUUUUUUUUUGGUGUAAGGUAUAAGAUCUAUAGUUGAAUCUCUUUUGAUAAUACAAGUUAUUGGGACCCCACUAGUUCUUAACGUGAGAUUAGAGUCUUCUGUGAUCGGAAGGUUUUCUCUUCAAAUUCCGACAACCCUCACUUGUUAAGCACGUGGUAUUCAAACCCGUGCAAAUUUCAAACCCUUAUGAGUGACUUUUAUUUGAUGCGAUGUGUUAGUAUGUGGUAUAAAAUUCAUAAUUGAACCUUUUCUAGCAACUCGAGUUAUUGAGAUUAGGGUUUGUCUCUCCUCCAGGACGCUCUUAUAUGAUGUGUAUGUGUCUUUGUGGUUACUGAUUAUGCAAAUUGCUUAGUUGAAAGUAGGGGAUUCUGUAAAGAAUCGGAUCGAAUUAAGAUAGGACUUACCAUAACUCCAUAAGCAAAUAAAAAAUAAGGACCAGAACUGACCAAUCGUUCAUUUGGUUCAAAUCGAUUUGGUUGAAAUUAAAUUUUUGUUCAUUAUUAAUAAAAAUAUUUUAUAGGA